UAUCGAUAGAACUCUUGAGUUGUAGAGUACCUCACAUUAUUAUUCAAUUUUAAGUUUCACAGUUACUUAUUAAAAGUUAUAAACUGUAAUUUUUUUCUCCCAAUGAUUAUACAAUAGUCAGAGUAUUAAAAAUUUUAGGCUCUCAUGUCUAUCGCCGGUGUGCCAUAAAACAUCAGAUUAAUCGAUUUUUGACAAUUCUUUGUUUUGCUCUACUUGUUCCGCCCGUGCUGAUGUGUGUUUUUAUGCGCAAUCGUUUCGUCUGACAUUGAGUUACCUACAUUCUCCCAUAGCAGAUACAUCUAUUUCGGGAGUGCAUGUGUCCUAGAGGAUAAAAAGCAGUCGUUUGUUGACCUUCUGAUAAUUGUUCAAUUUGUUAUCAGAAAGCAGAACCGGUGCAAGUGGCGCCCUCUCAUAGAAGCGAUACGAACUUUUCAGCCGAUCUGUUAUAGUUCUCAAAAUCUUCUACCAAAUUCCAUCGAUUUUAGAAUACUUCACCAUGGUCGAAAAACGGACGCUAUGCGUAGGACUCUGCAACCUGGACAUCAUACAGGUGUGUGAGCAAUUUCCAUUGGAGGACUCUGACCAACGUUCAACGAAAAGCUGGUGGCAACGAGGCGGUAACGCCUCUAAUAACUGCACGGUUCUGGCACUGCUGGGUGCCAAAUGCGAACUCCUAGCAACAUUCAGUGAUUCCGAACAUUUUCUAUUUGCCAUUCGAGAUCUACAGCGAAGAGGAAUAUCGACCGAGAACUGCGUCUUUCACGAAGGUCGUGAGAUCCCGCUAUCGACCGUGUGGUUGAGUGCCAACUCGGCAACUCGGACUAUAGUACAUUCGAAUCCGAAUCUUCCAGAAUUGACGGUUGACGAGUUUCGUCGAUGUAAUUUGAAGUGCUAUAGUUGGAUUCAUUUCGAGGGUAGACGAAGUGUGGAUGAAAUCGCAAAAAUGAUAGACACAAUCAAACAAUGGAACAAAACUCGCGAAUCACCCGAUCGAAUCACUGUUUCAGUAGACCUCGAGAAACCGAGGGAUUCUAAUUCGCAGCUGAUUCCCAAUGUAGACAUUAUUUUUUUGGGGAAAGACUUUGCUCGGUUUCUAGGUUACAAUACACCAUCGAAAUCGGUUCAUGGGUUUAAAAAGCGCUACCCGGGGUCGUACACGAUUAUCUGUCCUUGGGGAAACAUUGGCGUGAGCGCACUGGAUCAAAACAACAAAUACCUCUGCUGUGGAGUUUACCCACCGACAACGAUCCAGGAUAGUCUGGGAGCAGGAGAUACGUUUUGUGCGGGGUGCAUUUUUCAGCUAAACCAGGGUAACUCACUCCAGAAAGCUAUUGAGUACGGUUCCCAACUGGCUGGUUUAAAAAUAGAGGACUUUGGUUUCGAUCAUCUGAAGGAUAAGAUUGAUCAAUUAAAGUAAAUGGUCUCCAAUUAUUUUUUGAUUAUAUUAUAUUAUAUACUUUUCCGAAAUAAUGUGGUAAUAAAGGUUAUUUUGAAUUCUAUAGCAUGUGAACCAUUUCGCGGUUAAUUUUAACUUUUGGUUAAAAUCUGACACUCGAGCGGUUAAUUUGAUGUUGUCAAAAAUAACCCUGCUCGAGAGCAUGGUUACUUUUGACAGAUCGAUGGUUAUUUCCCGACACUGGAAAAAAUCUUGCGAUGAAAAUUCUAACAUUAAAUCUUUAGUUGAAACUAUUUCCAGUGUAAAAUAAACCCAAAUAACUUAUGUGCCCUAGCACAAAAUUUGGCUAACCCCUGAAUGACCAAACUGUCAGUAUAACAGGUCGGCUGAAAAGUUCGUAUCGUUUCUAUGAGAGGGCGCCACUAGAAUUAAAUCCAUACCAUUUUCAGUUAGUACCAACCUUCAAAAGAUACGUGUAUAAAUUUGACAGCUGUCUGAUUAUUAGUUUGUGAGAUAUUGCAUUUUGAGUGAAACUACUUUUGUUAUUGUGAAAAAAAAUGGAAAAAAAGGAAUUUCGUGUGUUGAUGAAACACUACUUUUAGAUGAAAAAAAGUGCCGCCGAUACCAAAAAAUGGCUUGAUGAGUGUUAUCCAGACUCUGCACCGGGCAAAGCAACAAUUCGUAAGUGGUUUGCAUAAUUUCGUACUGGUCAUAUGAGCACCGAAGACGAUGAACGCAGUGGACGUCCAAAAGAGGCUUUUACCGAUGAAAACGUGAAAAAAAUCCACAAAAUGAUUUUCAAUGACCGUAAAGUGAAGUUGAUCGAGAUAGCUGACACCCCAAAGCUAUCAAAGGAACGUGUUGGACAUAUUAUUCACGAAUAUUCGGAUAUGAGAAAGCUUUGUGCAAAAUGGGUGCCGCGUGAGCUCACAAUCGAUCAAAAACAACAACGAAUUGAUGAUUCUGAGCAGUGUUUGGAGCUGUUAUAUCGAAACAAAACCGAUUUUUUUCGUCGAUAUAUAACAAUGGACGAAACAUGGCUCCAUCACUUCACUCCGAAAUUCCCACUUCACACACGAAAUUCCUUUUUUUCCAUUUUUUUCACAAUAACAAAAGUAGCCACACUCAAAAUGCAAUAUCUCACAAACUAAUAAUCAGACAGCUGUCAAAUUUAUACACGUAUCUUUUAAAGGUUGGUACUAACUGAAAAUGGUAUGGAUUUGAUUCUAGUGGCGCCCUCUCAUAGAAACGAUACGAACUUUUCAGCCGAACUGUUAGACAUUGCAUUUCGAUGCCAAGAAAACAAGUCUGCUUAGCGGUUCAAAUUGAACUGCCGAGUUUCGCAUAAAGCAGUUCAAUUUGAACUGCUAUGCACUGAUGAGUCAAAGACGAAAUGUAAGCAUAUCAAACCAAAAAACUUUCCGUUCGUCAAAUUUUGAAAUGGGCCGCAGUUUUAGUUCAAUUUAACUACUCGAUACAAAAUAACCACUCCAGUGUCAGAUUUUAACAAAAAGUUAAAAUUAACCACGAAAUGGUUCACAGCCUAUGACAUUAAUGAAUUUGUCAGCGGCAGGCGAAAAAAUUUCGU